UGCAGUGAGAGAGAGUAGAUGGGUCAGUCUGAACUGAACUUGGUGUGUGAGUAUCUGUGCUGCAGCUAUUUUCUCCCUAACAAAAGGACAUUCUCAAGGCCCAACAUGGCGGAGUGUGUCGAAUACAGGGGAUACCGCUUUCCUGCCACCACCGUCAAGGACCUAGAGUUUGCUGGGAAUGAACUCCAAGUUCUGGAUGAUGAUGUCUUUAAUGUCACUUACCCUAAGUCAGGAACCACAUGGAUGAUAGAAAUCUUAAGUCUUAUUCACACCAAUGGUGAUCCAACCUGGUCUAAAGAAACUCCCAACUGGAGCAGGGUACCUUGGAUUGAAAUUCAAGACAGUGAAGAAACGAUAAAGAAAAUUCAGGACAGGCGGAGAUAUUUAUCCAGCCAUCUACCCAGGCAAUUGUUUUGCAAAUCUUUCACCAACUCGAAGGCAAAGGUUAUUUACACAGCCAGACACCCAAAAGAUGUUGCUGUCUCGUUCUAUCAUUUCUCUAAGAUAAACAAGUUCUUUGCGUACCCUGAGAGUUUUGACGACUUUCUGAAAAAUUUCCUAUCAGGCAACUUACCCUACGGCUCUUGGUUUGACCACGUCAAAGGAUGGUUGGAGCUGGUCGGAACAGACAACUUCCUAUUCAACACAUACGAGGACCUUCAAAAGGACCUGCGUGGAACUCUGAAAAGGAUCUGUGCCUUCAUUGGGAAGGAGCUGGAUGAAGCAGCUCUUGAUUCUGUUAUGGAAAAUGUCUCCUUUCAUAUCAUGAAAGACAACAGAAUGGCUAAUUUUUCUCUCGUGCCUGAGAAAAUCAUGGAUCAGACGCAGAACCGAUUUAUGAGAAAAGGAAUCGCUGGGGACUGGAAGAAUCAUUUCACCGUUGCUCAGAGCGAGUAUUUUGACAAAGUCUUCAAGGAGAAAAUGGCAGAUAUUGGCGUGAAGCUACCAUGGGACUAGAACUGAUUUGAACUAUUUUCAGCUGGCACGACUUUAGAUAUUUAUCAGUUCAAAGGGAAACAGCAAUAAAUAACUUUUGAAUGUACCUUUGCUCUAAAGAUAAAUAAGGACAGUGUGACAUCACAGAAAGGAAAGUUCUAGGCCUCUGCAAUAUGAAAGCCAUAAAACCGGCUAGGAUGCUGGGAGAUACAGAUCAGCAGUAUCUGGAGAACCACUGGCUGCAUAUUAUUAUAAUAUGUCUCAAAAUUAACUUUUAGUAUGAUAAAUAAAGGUGUCUUGUUUAUAUA